GGGCAAUAUGGCGUCCACUGGUUAGGAACGUCACCUCCGCUGCUGUUUCCGGUUUUCACGAGCGGCCUCAUUCAAUCAUAAUAAACGGAAAGUGAAACGGGUGAUUGUUUAAGUCAACAUAUCUACCUCUGAACAGCCUUGUGACAAUGCCUGUGUGUGACAUCUGCUGUGAAGAGCUCCCAUCUGAGGCAGAGAUGAGAACCCAUCUCUUCCUGAGUCACACGGAGAAUGUGAUGGCUUGCCCGUUCUGCUCUUUGUCCGGCAUCUCAUAUGACGAGCUGAACUUCCACAUCAACACUGCACAUAUAGAGCAAGACUGCCAGGACACGAAUACAACAGUGGUUGACAGUGGACAGAAAAGCUCGAAUGACUGCAUUACUCAAAGUCCCAAUUCUACAAGGACUUCCAAUGUGAAAAAUAUGGACAAGGUAUCUCAAGCCUCACCUCAGUCACCGAGUACAGGGACCUCUCUUUCUCAGGGAACCUCGACUAGUCUGAAGAGUUCACCACCUGCAGCAGCCACAGCGAAUGGUGCAGUAAAACUAGUCAGAACUACACAAAAAUCCAGCAACAAGACAAGCAAGGAGAGGGAAGAUGGGCGGCGAAAAUCAAAGCAGAAGCGUUUGUCCUCACCUAUUAAAGAAGGGUGCUUUGCAUGUCCAAUGUGCAGUUUGGUCUGCAAAGACUGCUUUAUUCUGCAGGAGCAUGUUGAGCUUCAUCUACAGGGCCAAGCUGAAGGGGCUGGGUCUGAGGUUGGCACUUCAACAGAAGCAUCUUCUACAAGCAGUGGUAGAUCAGGUGUGAUGCGCUAUGAGUGUCCAAUGUGUUCUCUGAGUUGUUCCAGUAGUUCCUCCCUUCAAGAGCAUGUUGAGCUACACCUGGAAUAUGGCUCAGCAUCUGCAACAGGACAUUCAUCUGAAGACCUGACUCUGGCCAGGAAGCUUCAGGAGGAAGAGGAGCAAAAGUGGAGGGAGGCUGCAACUAGGCGGGAAGCAGAGGACUUUAAGAAGCUCCAGAAGCAGUUUGGGCUUGAUAACAGCGGUGGUUAUCGCAAGCAGAUGGAGAGGAAUAUGGAGAGGGCUGUGUCUCGAGGUCAGAUGGUUCCUGCAGAGUUCCACAAGAAAAAAGCGGAGAUGCUUGAAUCUCUGGCCUCUGGGGUGGAUGAUGGCAGAAGCAAAACAUCAGGACUUAUGGGAGCUCUGUAUAGGUACUAUCAGAGGAACACCUCUGACUGUGCACAUUUGUGGCUUUGUGCUGAGACUGAUCACUACUCUUCAUCGGAGGGGGACAAAGGCUGGGGAUGUGGCUACAGAAACUUCCAGAUGCUUCUUUCAUCUUUGCAUAGAAUGGAGCAGUAUAAACUUUUACCUGGUAUAACAUCAGUAACAUCAUGUUAUUCUCUUGGCUCCCUGUUGAUUUUCCUUGUAACAGUACCCAUCAUAAAAUUUUCCCUCGCAGUUUCAGUUCCCAGCAUUCCGAGAGUGCAAGCCUUAAUUGAAGAGGCGUGGGGUCAAGGCGCAGAUCCUCAGGGUGCUUCACACUUCAACCUUCGACUGCAGGGGACACGGGCUUGGAUAGGAGCUACAGAAAUCUAUGCAGUUCUCACCUCACUUAGUGUGAAAGCCCGAAUUGUGGAUUUUCACAAGCACACUGGCCCAGGAGACACACAUCCCAGACUGUUUGAGUGGGUGAAACAGUAUUUCUCACAUUCUGCCAGUAGGGGUGCAAGACUGCCACCCAAAAUAGUGCAGACGACAUUACCACCUAUAUACCUCCAGCACCAAGGCCACAGUCGCUCUAUUGUAGGAGUGGAACAGAAAGUAAAUGGCAACCUAUGCCUGCUCCUCUUCGAUCCGGGGUGUGCACCUGGGGAAAUGAGGAAGGUGCUGUCACAGGAUACAGCAGUUACCAUGGUACGACGUAUGCGCAAAUUCCCCGGUAGCCUAAAACACAGACAGUAUCAAGUGGUUGCUGUAGAAGGGCUGCUAACACCUGAAGAGAAACAGAGCCGCAUUCUUAAUUCAAGGACACUAUGUGCUGAGAAAAUUCCUUGAUGGAAUUGUCCACAUCUGCUGACUGCAAUUUUAUUUACGAUUCCUGCUACUUUUAUCAACUAGUCCUUUUAAAACAGACUGUGAAAACU